AUGAGGAUCGACGAGCUCAGUGACAUGGACAGCUCGCUGCAGAAGCCACUCUUUACUUACGCCUCGUCAGGCUUCAAGCGGCUCCUCUCCAUGGUGAGAGAGAGUGAAGAUCCCGUGUCCGUGAAUGAAUCUUUCAUGGGCGAGUCGAACGUGUCGUCGUCAGAAAUCGACUACCAGAAGACGACGGAUGCGGAAUCCAACUACGGCUUUACCGGCUUUUCGAAAACGGACACGUUCAGCCGAAACCGAAGGGCAACCGAAAAGCUUGACGUCAUACUAUUCCGCAAGAAGAGCUUCGGGAGAUUCUGGAGCUUCGGAGUCAACCUGGAAGCCGUGACAGGAGAAGGAGGGAGAAACUUCUAUGUUGUGGAGAGUGUGAAGCGAGGCAGCCCUGCUCAGAGGUCCCAGAUUCUGGUCGGUGAUGUGGUGGUCGCCGUCAACGGCACCAAGCUGGCCGGUCUGCCGCUCAACAUUGUUCGGAAGAUCAUGAACUCUUCCGGGGACCAGCUCGUACUCACUGUCCUGACUUCGAGUCCGUACCGAAUCAUAAACACCAGGCAGGACAUGAACAACAUCCUGCAGUCAUGUGGUCGGCAGACGCUCACGUUGGCUCUAGUGCGAGCCGGAUGCCGUAAAGGCGCCUGGUAUGGCUUCACAACGUUCGAGGCGAAAACGUGGGACCACCAGCAGAAGGCUUUCAGUCGUCUGCAUAUUGUGCAGCGCGCCAAGGACGUGCAUGUGCAGACUGUGGGCCAGAACCUGUUUCCCGGAGACGUGUUGACGCACGUGGACGGAACCCCAGCUGACAAGCUGAGUCAUUCGAUCCUGCGGCAGUAUCUGGCCAAGGCGCGCCCGGAGAUCCAGGUCACCAUUGCGCCGCUGUCGCCGUUGCGACGCAAGCGACCUUCGUCCACGCGCCUGCACGAGACCUUCAUGUCGGACGACAGCGUCGGUGAACCUAGCAGCGCGGCAGCCGAGACCAACGAUUGACGGCGUCUGCACACGGCGGCGAAAUCUUUUGUUGGUGACGAGUGCGUGUCUUCGAAUAAUAUUGGAAUCUGCGCAAGUUUAUUUU